GCCAUAGACUCAGUCGCCAUGGCGGCUUUCAUCUACAACUCGCAGCUUGAUGCAUUUACUCUAUACCACAUCGUAAACGAGCGGGAAGAACCGCGCAAAAGCAUAAUAGGCCCUGCUCUGCCUGCACUCGGGCAUGCCUUGUCCGGCGCGAGUGGGACUGCCAUUUCGAAGCUCGUAACAUAUCCUUUGGAUCUCGUUAUAACCCGGCUGCAGGUGCAAAAGCAGUUCCAGACCGACGAUGAAGAAGCGCAAUACAAGGGCAUACUGGAUGCAGUCGAGAAGAUAUAUUCACGGGAAGGUGGCGUUCGCGCAUUCUACUCAGGGGUGGUGCCCGAGACUCUGAAAGGCGUUGCAGACAGCUUCCUAUUUUUCCUCGGAUACACAUACAUUGGGCAGAAGAGAAGGAAUGCAUUGGGGUCAACAAAACUGUCAGCUCUGGAUGAAAUCGGCAUUGGCGUGGUAGCAGGCGCUAUAUCCAAGCUGUUUACGACGCCCGUGCAAAAUGUUGUGACACGGAAACAGACGGCUGCACUCAUGGCAGCACGAGACCCUGCGUCUGCAACGUCCCGCAACAUCACCCUCAAAGACAUCGCACUGCAGAUUCGCGACGAGAAAGGGCUGCAGGGUUUCUGGUCCGGAUAUUCAGCGAGUUUGGUUCUCACACUCAAUCCUUCCAUUACCUUCCUUCUACACAAGGUGCUUCUUCGAUUGCUCGUGUCUAGAGACCGGAGAUCGGACCCAGGCGCGCAGACUACCUUUCUUAUAGCUGCCAUCAGCAAGGCUAUGGCAUCUACGAUAACAUAUCCCUUCUCGCUCGCAAAGACACGUGCACAAGUGUCAUCGCAGAAGCCGUCCCAGAAGUUUGGGCAGACUUCAGAAACCGAAAAGAUGAACGAUGCCAGCAAGACACGUGCAGCGCGAGCCAGACAGCGAACCGUCUUCAGCACCAUCUUGCGCAUAGCUCAGACUGAGGGCCUGGCUGCUCUCUAUCAAGGUCUGGGUGCUGAAGUAUUGAAAGGUUUUUUCUCACAUGGCAUCACCAUGCUCAUGAAAGAUCGUAUUCAUACCAUGAUCAUCAACCUGUAUUAUCUGGUGUUGAAAUCACUCAAAGAGUAUCCUAGCCCGGAAGAGCUGGCAAAGUUGGCCUCGGAGCAGGCGAAAGAGGCAUACGAGCGAGGAAAAGAGGGGGCCGAGGGUGUAUAUGCACAAGGGGCUGAUGCUGCUGGAACUGCUACCGCGAAGUUGCAAGAUGCUGUCUCGGCUGGGUCACAUCGGGCAGAGGAACUGCUUGUCAAAGGCAAGGAGGUGGCUAGUAAUGCGACCGGCGAGCUAAAGGAGAAGUUGAUGGACGCUCGCGUAGAUCACAAGACCGGUAAAGAUUGA